AUGAUUUAGUAAUGUAAUUUAAAGAUAAAAUGUUAAAAAGAUGAUCAUUAAGAUGAGAUAGUCACCGUUUGUUACAAUUAAUUUUGUUAAGAAUUCAGAUUAAAUUGUUUUAAAUGUAUGAAGAAGGGAAGAAUCCAUAAUGAUCAUUUUGAUGAUGUUGAAAAAAUCAACAGCUUGAUUCAAUUUAUUGAUUAGAAAAAUUAAGAAUGUGAUAAAUUAAUUGAUGAUCUUAAUAAAUUAAUAGAAGUUAUGAAUCAAUCAUUUUCUUAAUUAAAAGAGGAAUCAUAUAAAAAUAUUAAUUAUAUAAGCAAAGAUUAAUAUUAUUGAAUUCUUAAUAAAUAAAUGAUUACUUGAAUUCAACAAUCUAAUUUAAAGAAUAUUAAUAAUCAAUUACAAAAAUCAUUUCAGAAUAGACUAAUAAAUUAAAUCAUUCAUUUAAUAACUUAUAUCAAUAAUUAAAAUUAUCUUAAUUUAAUUAUUGUUAGAUUGAUUAUAAUUCUAUAUAAUUAUCUAAUCAAUUAUUUAAUGAAGGUAUUCAUCUUAUUAUAAUUAUUAGGUUAUAAUUUAUAUUGGGAAGAUAAAUAUCUUGAAGCCAUAGAAUUACUAGAUCAAUCUAUAUAAUAAGAUCCAAAUAAUCAUCAAUCAUUAUGGUGUAAAGGUUAAGUAAUAAAUAAUCAAUAGGUGAUUGCUUAAGAGGAUUAACCAAAUUUGAGGAUGCAAUCACUUGGUAUGACAAAGCAUUAAUUAUUGAUACGAAGCAUAUUAAUUCUUUUGGUGGAAAAGGUAGAUUGAAUCAUAAUUUAAUUAAUAGGUGAUUGCUUAAGAUAAUUGAGAAAAUAUGAUGAAUCUUUAAAAAUAUUAGAUUAAGCACUUACCAUUAAUCCACAACAUAAAUUGUCUCUUCAAUCUAAAGGUAUAUUAUAAUCAUCAUUUAUAGGUUUAUGGUUAGAAGAUCAAUAAAAUUAUAAAGAAGCUUUAAUUUAUUACGAGAAAUCAUUAAAGAUAAAUCCAAAUGAUCAAUAGACAAUAAACUAAAAGAGUAUUGUUAACAUAUUAUAUUAGAAAUUUGUGAGAAUAAAUUGAAGCAAUGA